CUCUCUCUCCCUCUCUCUCCGGUCUAGGGCUCCCUUGCAACCCUAACCCUAACCCUAACCCGAAAUUCCGCUCCUUCCUCCUCCUCCUCCUCCUCCUUCCACCUCCGAAACCCUAGAUCCCGCCGCUGCAGCCGCGGCCAUGUCGUCCGUCUCCGUCGCGGCGGAGUGGGAGCAGCUCCACGACCGCUUCUACCGGAAGCCGGAGCUCUACAGCCUCCAGUGGGGCGGUGCCCGGAUGGACCUCGCCCGCCACCGCGUCGCCUGCGCGCCAUUCGGCGGCCCCGUGGCCGCCAUCCGCGACGACUCCAAGAUCGUCCAGCUCUUCGCCGAGUCCGCGCGCCGCAAGCUCCUCAUCUUCUCCUCCUCCGGCCACCCACUCGCCUCCGCCGCCUGGGACCGCCCCGGCGGCCGCCUCGUCGGCAUGGCCUGGUCCGACGACCUCCUCCUCCACUGCCUCGUCCAGGACGGCUCCCUCUACCGCUACAACAUCCGCGCCGAGCUCGUCGGCCCCCCAGUCUCCCUCGGCAAGGAGUGCUUCGAGCAGGGCGUCGCCGAAUGCGUCUUCUGGGGCAACGGCGUCGUCGCCAUCACCGAAAGCAACCAGAUCUUCUGCGUCCCCGACUUCAAGAACCCCAGGCCGUGCAAGCUCGCCGACCCCGGGAUCGACGAGUUCCCGCUGUGCGUCGCCGUCAUCGAGCCCCAGUACACGAUGUCCGGCGCUGUGGAGGUGCUCCUGGGGGUCGGGGAUUACGUGCUCGCCGUGGAGGAGGACGGGGUGCAGCAGCUCGGGGUCGGGAUCGGGCCGCUGCAGAGGAUGGCCGUCUCGCAGAACGGCAAGUACCUGGCGACGUUCACGCACGACGGGCGGCUUCUCGUCAUCCCCACUGAUUUCUCCAGGAUCAUAUUCGAGUACACCUGCGAGUCAGCAUUGCCUCCGGAACAAAUAGCUUGGUGUGGGCUGGACAGUGUGCUUCUUUACUGGGAUGAAAUGCUUCUAAUGGUUGGUCCCCAUGGAGAACCAGUAUGCUACUAUUACGAUGAACCUAUAAAACUGAUUCCAGAAUGUGAUGGAGUUAGAAUUCUUUCAAAUUCAAGCAUGGAGUUCCUACAGAGAGUUCCUGAUUCUACCGUAUCAAUUUUCGGUAUAGGAAGCAUGUCACCGGCAGCUUUGCUGUAUGAUGCUUUGGAUCAUUUUGACAAGCGCAGUGCUAAGGCUGAUGAGAACUUGCGAUUGAUUCACUCUUCGCUGCCUGAGGCAAUAGAGGCUUGUAUAGAUGCUGCCGGGCAUGAAUUUGAUAUCUCCCGCCAGCGCACACUGCUUAGAGCUGCUAGUUAUGGUCGGGCUUUCUGCAGUCAGUUUCCACGUGAGCGGUUUCAAGAAAUGUGCAAAGUACUGAGAGUUUUAAAUGCUGUUCGCAACCAUGAAAUCGGUACCCCUCUUAGCAUCCAGCAAUACAAGAUGCUCACUGCACCAGUUCUGAUUGGCCGUUUGAUUAAUGCCAACCAACACCUUUUGGCUCUGCGAAUAUCCGAGUACCUUAAAUUAAACCCGGAGGUUGUUAUUAUGCAUUGGGCUUGUGAGAAGAUAACAGCAUCACCUGCUAUUCCCGAUGCCGUCCUUCUUGAACAAUUGCUUGACAAGCUCAAGUUAUGCAAAGGCAUAUCCUAUGCUGCAAUAGCUGCUCAUGCUGAUAAUAGUGGGAGACGAAAGUUAGCUGCAAUGCUUGUUGACCAUGAGUUGCAACCUUCGAAGCAGGUUCCUUUGCUGUUGAGUAUUGGGGAGGAGGAUACUGCCCUUGUAAAGGCAACUGAAAGUGGUGAUACUGACCUUGUCUAUCUUGUUCUUUUCCAUAUCUGGCAAACGAAACCCGCCCUGGAUUUUUUUGGGACAAUCAAUGCAAGACCUUUGGCUCGUGAUUUGUUUGUUACAUAUGCUAGAUCUUAUAAGCAUGAAUUUCUGAAGGACUUUUUCCUAUCAACAGGCCGACUGCAAGAUGUAGCUUUUCUUUUGUUAAAAGAGUCGUGGGAAUUUGAAAAGAAUCCAAUGGCGAGCAGAGGAUCUCCCCUCCAUGGUCCACGUAUAAGGCUUAUAGAGCAGGCUCAGAAGCUUUUUUCUGAGACCAAGGAACACAACUUUGAAGCAAGAGCUGCUGAAGAGCAAGCAAAAUUGCUGAGAUUACAACAUGAAUUAGAAGUUUCUACAAAGCAGGCUAUAUUCAUGGACUCAAGCAUCAGUGAUACGAUUCGAACUUGCAUUGUGCUUGGAAAUCAUCGAGCUGCAAUGAAAGUGAAGACAGAAUUCAAGGUUUCCGAGAAGAGGUGGUACUGGCUUAAAGCAUUUGCACUGGCUACAGUCAGGGACUGGGAAGGUCUUGAAAAAUUUUCAAAAGAGAAAAGGCCCCCAGGUGGUUAUAAGCCAUUUGUGGAGGCAUGCAUUGAAGCUGAUGAGAAAGCAGAAGCUCUCAAGUACAUCCCGAAGCUUGCGGAACCUCGCGAAAGAUCAGAGGCGUACGCACGCAUCGGCAUGGCCAAGGAAGCUGCAGAUGCUGCUUCUCAGGACAAAGAUAGCGAACUGUUCGGUCGUCUGAAACAGACUUUGGCGCAGAACACCGCCACUUCCUCCAUCUUCGACACACUGCGGGACCGACUCUCUUUCCAAGGAGUAUACUGAGACUUCUUCCUAACAGAGGUUCGCUCUUGAAUCUCAUUAGUCUGUAAAUUAGUCUAAACCUACUGUUUUUUUCCCCCCAAUAUAUGGCAACUUUUUUGGUGCAAAUAUGAUUUGGUUUUUUUUUUUAAAAAAAAAUCUUUCCCCCUUUUUGGGAAGCUGUUGUAAUUUUGCUGUAGAACAAUUUCAUUCUGUUUUAUUAUGAGGUGAGAAUUUCCGCAGAAUGCUGAUUGGUUAAAAAGAGUGGCGCGUGCGCGCGCGCGUAUUAACCCUCCUUGAACGUGCAGUGUUAUUUGUGUAGAAGUGUGUUCAUUAAUAAUAGCUUCUUGGACGGCUUUUUCUCC